UCCCAUCUAGACCUUAAAUUCUACUUUUCAAUUCAUUUAUGUUGUCUUGAACAUAAAUUAAAAUCUCCAUAAACCAUUUGAAAAAAAAACAGCCUAGUUAGUAAUUAACUAAAUGGAAGAUCAGACAAUUGCUACAAUCCUUUAUGGGUGUAGAUUGGGUAAAGAGGUGGAAGCCAACUUAGCGAACUGGGCAAACCAAAGGGGUGUCCUUUUAAGUAAAACAGAAGAGAUCAUUGCGGUAUUUAAUAAUGUAAAGGAAAGAUUAAUUAGCCAGCAGCGGCAGCACCAACAACAGCAACAACAGGUGGUUCAAGAAUGGCUAAGUAGUAGUGGUCAUCAUGAGGCACUAGAAUUGUUCCAUGCAGCAGAGAAUACGUCGGCGAGGGCAUUUUCGGUGCAUGGGCUACCGCAGGAAAGUGAUCAAAUGGGUGGUGGGGAAAGUUCUAUGAUGGUGGCUAUGGAUGCAUCUCAUGAUUCCAGUACAGCUGCUGUCGCUUCUUCUUCUUCCUCCCAAAGGCAACGAACAAGGUCCAGAACGGGAGAUACAGAGAGAAGAACAGUGAGGGUGUCUGCUCCAAGAAUGGGAAAUCUUGAACUCCCACCAGAGGAUGGUUUUACUUGGAGAAAAUAUGGUCAGAAAGAGAUUCUUGGAUCUAGGUUUCCUAGGGCUUAUUAUAGAUGCACCCAUCAAAAGCUAUACCAUUGUCCAGCCAAGAAGCAAGUCCAGCGCCUUGAUGACGAUCCUUAUGUAUUUGAGGUAACAUACCGAUCUCAACACACUUGCUAUAUGUCCGCCACAGCUCCCACCGUGCCUCCCCCCACGGUGGAAGAGAUAACUCAUCAAACCACCUCAACCCCUCCACCGGCGCCACUGCUGUUGCCGCCACCAACUUCAGCCUCCUUAAGUGGGCAUUGGCUCUCCAUGGAUAUUAAGCCACAAGGAGAACAAGCUGGCACAAGCUACACUACUACUCCAUUUGACAUACAAAGGGAUUUUGGGCAUGGAAGUGUUGGUUCACUAGCUAGCAUAUGCAAUAUCGUGACCACCGGUAGCAGCGGUGGUGGAGGUGCAGGGACCUCCGGUAGUAGAUUUGGGAGGGAAGUUGAUUACCAGCCGGUGGUGGAUAUGGCGGACGCCAUGUUUAAUUCUGGGAGUAGCAGCAAUACUAGCAUGGACAUCAUUUUUUCUUCUAUUGAUGACAAAUGGGACUCGGCAGAAAAGAAAGAUUAGUUCACAUAUAUAUAUAUAUAAUUGGCUAAUUAUUAAACACGACGACAUUGUCUAAUUAAUAUAUUUUUCAUGCGGAACUUAAUUAGGUUAAUUAAUUAAUUGCCAAUAAACUAUUCCUGACCGUUAUUAGUCAUGAUCACAAGUUUGUGAAAUAGCAACACGUUAAUUAACUUGUCUAGCUUAAAUUAAGCAUAGUGCCAUUUUUUUCCAGUGUAAUAUUUUUUUGUCCA